AAGAGAGAGAGAGAGAGAGAGAGAGUUGUGGGAAUGGGCCAAGUUAUGUUGCUGUUCCUUGGGGUUUCUAUGUGGCUUCUCGGCUGCCGUUGGAUAACUCACUCAGCUGUCACUGUUCAUACUGCAGCAGAAGCACUAGUCAUCGGCGUAAACUAUGGCUUGAUUGGGGACGACCUCCCUUCCCCGGACAAAGUGAUCGCCCUCUACACCUCCAGAAGCAUCACAAGGCUGCGGCUGUUCAACCCCAACGCCACGGUCCUCGAAGCUCUCCAGGGUUCCGCCAUCGAGGUUAUCCUCGGAACCUACAACGAGGAACUCCAACGGCUCAGCACCGACGCCUCCUACGCCGCCGACUGGGUUCAGACCAACGUCGCCCCCUACGCGAGCUCGGUCCGCUUCCGCUACAUCAACGCCGGCAACGAGGUCAUACCCGGAAAGCUAGCCAGCUACGUCCUCCCCGCCAUGCGAAACCUCGACAGCGCACUCAGGGCCGCCAACCUCCACGUCCCGGUCACGACCGCCGUGGCCACGCAGGUGCUUGCCGUGUCGUACCCUCCGUCUCAGGGCGCGUUCUCCGAGUCCGCGGCGGGCGUCAUGGCUCCCAUAGCGGCGUUCCUGCAAGCGAAGAAGAGUCCCCUUCUCGUCAACGUGUACCCCUACUUCGCCUACGCCGGCAGUCCCCGUGACGUCCGGCUGGACUACGCUCUCUUCACGGCGCAGGACGUCGUCGUGCGAGAUGGCUCGCUGGGCUACACGAACCUGUUCGACGCCAUGAUCGACUCGAUGUACGCCGCGUUGGAGAAGAGCGGAGGAACGGACGUGGACAUUGUGGUGUCGGAAACUGGUUGGCCGUCGGGUGGUGGCGGCGUGGGUGCGACGGUGGAGAACGCGAGGGUGUACAACAACAAUGUGGUGGCGCACGUCGCGGGCAGCGGUGGGACGCCGAAGAGGCCGGCGAAGGCAACGGAGACGUACCUGUUUGCCAUGUUCAACGAGAACCUUAAGCCUGAAGGCACGGAACGCAACUUUGGGCUGUUUCGACCGGAUAUGAGUGAGGUGUAUCAUGUGGUCUUGUCUCCUUGAGGCAGAUGUAUAAAGAACAAUUUGUUAUCAUUGAUGUACUACUAGAGGAUGUCUGACUAAUAAAUAUACAA